AUGAAAGCGACGGAAAAUGAGCCUCUCGAGGUGGACGUGACAGCGAGGCUGGGCCAAACCCGCACUGGGGGAAGUGCGCUUCCCAGCACUAUCGAUAUCCUAUCGCCGAGGAAGAACAAUCCGAACCAUACCGUGACAGCAGAUACUGCAAAGGCCACCAGCGCCCCACAUUCUGUGGGCUCUAUCAGUCAAAUAAAGGAAAUCUAUCGAUCCCCAGAUGAUAAGGAUGACACCUUUACCUGGCUUCCUGAUUGCCCCCCGGAAAUUGUAGAAGCCGCAGAGAAUGAUGAAAGUGCCAAGUUUGCCAUUAUUCUGCGGCACAUAAAGAGUAAUGACUCGGAUAAGAAGCUGGAGGCUCAUUCAAUUGUCAUCCAGAGUCCCUGGCUCCAAAGGGCUCUUGCGCAGCACGUUCUUUCGGACUACCCUGGCGUCACUUGCGAAAUGAAGAGGUUGAUAUUCGAGGCGCCUUUUAAACCAUUGAUUCAUCGAUGGCAGCAAUUACUGAAUCUCAACCGGCGAAGAGAUCUUGAUCCACAGACUACAGAACACGUCCGUUUGCUGCAGGAGUUCUUGAUGAGGGAAAUUGAAGAUUCCAUCAAAGCAUACGAUGACUACAUCCAAAACGGCGUUGUUACUUGGGACCAUCUCUGGAUGAUCUUCCAGCCCGGUUGUAUUGCCGUCUUUGACAGAAGAGGCGAAUGUUGUGCAUUUGAGGUCGACAGAACUGAGUAUAAAGAGGAGGAUGAUCAGAAAUUUCUCAGGAUUUCCUGCGACGGGGUCGAUUGGAGCGGCACGCACUUUGGUCGUGUUGAGGAGCCUCAUGACAUUCAUUACUUUCCGGGCACGAGGAAUAUUCACAACCUUCCUAUCUACCCGCUAAAGUUUCAUGAAGAAAGGAAAAAGGUUGAAAAGGAACUGACUGAGCGUGGAAAAGUUUUUGAGGAACUUGCUGGAUACAAGUACAAAGGGUAUAAUGGGAUUGCAAUUACCUGGGAUGAUAGAGGCAAGGAGAAGAAAAUGCAAAUAGACGGACGAAUCAUUAUAGACACGGACUCCUUCAACCGGUAUAGCCCCUACCCAAUUCGGCAUGUCAAAAAAUGGAAACCUAAAGACGUUGACAAUCUCAAUGGGUAUCAAUCACUGAAUGGUGAUGAGGUGGAUGGCCAUAACUCUGACGACCCACCCCGGGUGAAACUCUCACCACACUACCAAAUGCUUUGUAGAAGUCGAGUCCGAGGCUACGCGCUCAAGGAGAAAGAAUGGCUCGAUUUCUUUGUGGAACGAAUCGCUGAGAUCAAAUGGAAUGCCAAGGCGUUUGAGAGCCUAGUACUGCCACCCGCACAAAAGGGGGUUAUCCUCGCCCUAUCUGAAUCGCAGCUGGCAAACAAACAGGUCUUCGACGACAUCAUUCAAGGCAAAGGAAAGGGGAUAACCAUUCUGCUCUCGGGUCCUCCUGGUACCGGGAAGACCUUAACGGCGGAAGCAGUGGCCGAGAAAAUGCGUGUACCGCUACACGCGAUCAGUUUCGCGGAUCUUGGUCCUCGUUAUGUAUGGCCUGAGAGGCAACUCCAAAAAAUCCUAGAGCUGGUUAGUCGCUGGAAAGCUAUUUUACUUCUGGAUGAGUGUGAUGUUUUCCUAGAGAAACGCUCAGCUGAUGAUCUCAACCGCAACUCCAUCGUCACGGCAUUCCUUCGCACUAUUGAGUAUUACGAAGGCCUCAUGUUCAUGACAACCAAUCGCGCAGAAAACAUUGAUGAGGCCGUCAAAUCCCGAAUCCACCUUUCAAUCAACUACCCUGACCUCGAUGAGAUAUCGCGCCGGCAGAUCUGGUCCAAUUUACUGAAAGUCUCAACCCUACCCCAUGAACUAUCCGAGCAAGACCUUGACAAGCUAGCACAGGAGAGAGUGAAUGGAAGACAGAUAAAAAACAGGAUGAAGAUGGCACAGUUACUGGCGGCUGGGAAGAGAGAGCCGCUGAAACGAACUAUUAUUAAUACUGUUAUACAACUUGAAGAGCAGCGGCUGAAUAGUACAGAUGUCUCAGGCAAAGCAGCCACGUCUUCUGCAGAACUAGGGUCACAGACUCAGCCUAUAGGGCCUAAGUCAAGCAGUGGAAAUGAAGAAAUUAGCGGAAAGGGUCAGAACGAUUGUGAGAUUGGCCAAGAACCAGCGAAGAAAAGGCGGCGAAGGCGUUGA